UGUUCCUCUUUAUCUUGGUGGUGAACAAACAACACCCAUUCCCGGACCACACUGAACCAUUUGUUCCCAAGUGUUGCCUGCGACAUGAGACCAUGGCCUAUAAAUAACUCCACGUAAGCCUCUACCUGCACCAAUUCCCUUGUUGAUCCAUCUCUGCUCUGAGUCUCCUAAUCUUUCCAGAAUGAUGAAGGCACUCCUGAGCGCAUGCCUCCUCUUGGUCCUGCUUUCUCCAGGUAAGAUGGGGAACAUUUAAUUACCUUUAGAGGACACUGAAAAGAACUUGCAGCUUGGGAGAGAAGGGGAGUUAGAAGUGCAGAUCAACACCCCAGAGAGCAAGGAGGGCAGGGUUACCAAGAGAAAGUAGCAGAGAAUUAAGUCAUGAAUAUUUCUUGUGUUGUCAUUAUGAUGGGCCCGACGAUCCUUUUUCCCCUGGCACCGUUGGGCCCGUCCUCUCACUUAAGUAUAGUGCAACCGAACACCAAUCCCACGGAUUUCCACAGUCUACCUCAGAUUAUCUUGUAGGGGAUUUGCGUGAAGUAAAAUUUAAUAAUUAGGAGUUUCGGGCAGGAUUUGCUCAAAUAAACAAUAACAAUUUUAUUUAACAAGAAAGUUUAUGACACGAGUAGAUAAAACUGAGAAUACUUCAGUCUACAAUGUUAUUUCACUUCAAGGUUUUCUCAGUUGUUCACACUUAAUACUUUGGUUCUUAACAAGGUGGUACUUUCUGUCAGUUACACACCCCUAGACAACCCUGCUGUUGAGGCACUCCAAGGUUUCACUGGUUUGGGAGUCUUCUCUUACUAGAAGAAUCUCUCCCCUCCUGACUGGAAUAAGUAGACUGUCUCUUUACAGCUUCUACUUCUCCUGUCUCAACCUCAGCCCCCCAGUUAAUUCCUGGCCUAAAUGCUCUUACAGGACACCACACACUGUCCUUCACACUAAGCUCAGAGACUCCUUUCUCUAGCGUGUGAUAUUUUCCUCAGAGUGGAUGUUUCUGCCCAGAACCAACACUCACUCCCUAUCUUCCUACCUAUCCACCCAACCUCUCAAUCCCAACCUACUCCAAAACCUCCUCCCAACACUCCCUCCAAAACGCACUCCUUCUUUCUCUCCAUAUUCUCUCCUUUUCAACUCCCCCUCCUGGAACCUUGGCCAAUCAGAUGGUGCCAUACAUUAACCAUUUUCUGGCAUGGGAAAAAGAAAAGGAAAUACUUGGGGACCCAACCUGCCCCAGCAAAAACAAACUUUUCCUUCACAGUCAUCCAGAUAAAUGAUGUCAUAGAGAUAAAUAAUAAAUACCUCACAGGAAUCUUCUGAGGAUUAAAUAGGGAGGGGGAAACUAUGUACACAGCCUUGAGCUUCUUGGAGGAAGUGGAUGCAGAUAAAAAAAAUAAAUCGGAAAAAUAGAAACUGAAAGUAAGUUAAAUUGAUAGAUUGGUUCAUCCCUAGUCCAGGAUCCUGUCCUCACACUGGCCAACCCAAUGAUUAUGGAAGCUCACAGUCAGGACCUCAGUGAAACAACACUCUGGCUUACUCUGAGUUCCAGCAACUGAUAUCUGAAAUAUGCAACUUUUUAUACUGGAGGUAGUACAUAGGCAUCAUGGUUAGUAGCCACUGAGAAUCUUAUUUUCCAUCAAUUUGUCUAAUUCCCUUCUAAAGCCAUUCAAAUUGGUGGCAUUGACUACCUCUUGUAGAAAAUUCCAUAGUUUAAUUGUGCUAAGAUGUAAGUUUGUAACCAAACAGUGGGAAGAAAAUAUAUUUAAGUGAGAGUCUGGAUGGGGGGGAAGGUUGGCCAUGGGAAAGGGGGAGUUCACCUCCCCACCUCUUGGAAAUAAUUUAACUGGUAUUCUGGGCAAUGGCUUCAAGAGUUUUAAUUAAUGAGUGUUUUAUUCAUUCUAUUCUAUUCUAUUAAAAUGCUUUUAAAAUUGAACCCCUUUUAAUUUAGAAGUAUUAAUUGACUCUCACCUCCUCCUUUGUGUGUCACUUAGCAAACUGCAAAACCAAUUAAUAAUAAUGUUAAUGAUAAUAAUAAUAAUAAUAAUUAAUAAUUCAUGAAGUAAACUUUUGCUUCUGUCUUCAGCAUUACCUCUGCACUGCAGAUAUAGUUAUAACAAGACUGGAAUGACAUACAAUAGCUAUCUUGAAACAACUUGUGACUCCGAUAAAGAUUCCUGUGAGGCCAGUGUUCUGCGUACAAAUAUAAGUAAGAUUUGUCUUUUUUGUCUUUUUUUGUCUUUUACUGUUUGAUUAGAUCCAGGUUAAGAUAGUUGAACUUUAAGGGUUCUAAUAGCAUAUAGAAGUCUACGCUGGGGCAACUCACCUAUGAAAAAAAGUGAAGUGAGGAAGCUGUGGCACUUCAGCUGUAGAUGAAUUAGAACUCUCAUCAGCCUCAGCUAGCCAGGCCACCAGUCAGGGAUGAUGGGAGAUGCAGUCCAACAACAUCUGGAGGAUCACAGCUUCCCAUCCUGAAGUAAGGAAUGGCUUACAUUUGAAAAUGGGGAAUCUAACAUCACCUGCUCACAACCAGUGGCUGAAUCUGGGUGCUUAUCUCCAAGCUUGGGGAACUUGAUUUGCAUUAACUAGAAAUCCCCAUUGACCCAAACCAAUGGACUCCAAUUUAGUUUUAGUUAUCAAACGAGACAAUAAGCCUAGAAUAUAACCUGAAUAUCCCCUUUGCCAUAAAUAACAUUGAAAUAGAGACUCCUUUCACAGAUCUAUAAAAAAACUAAUCAAAAGCUGAGCAAUUGGGAUGGGAAAUGAAGGUGCUUCACACUUUCAUGGCUCCCCCCUCCCCCCCUCAAGUAAUUUUGAAAUAACUCUCAGUGAUGAAAUGAUUAGGAAGGAACCAACAUUAAGGGAGUAUUCUUGUAGUUCACCUAUGAAAAAGGGUUUCCGUUACCCAGCUUGAUUCAGUGUGGGCCCCUCCAACCUGAUGAACUUCUUUCAUACUUCAACAUUGGUUAAGGUUGUUUUGAUCCCCUUGCUUGAUCCUGAUUCACCCACCCCUCUACCUAGAAGGACAUGAGUGCCAUUUCUGGUUCGUCUGAGGCGCCAAAAUGCCUCGGGGCAAUCCUGGGUGGGAUGGUGGUGCUCACUUGACCAUCUGUUCCAACAUCACUGGUACAUUCUUGGAGGGAGAGGGGCAAGUGGGCAGUAAGGCUGGUGCAAUGCAAGUGUCUUGCCAAGUGUCUUGCACUGGGCAACAGGAGUUCAGGGAAGCAUUUCCCCCACCCUACAAACUGUUAUGAUCGACUAGCAGAGAGAGUGCAGUGUAUGGCACAUGCAUUGUCAGAUGUAUAGAAGAAGGCAUGAGUCCUCGUGCUUGAAAUUUGAUGUGAAAUGAAGUUCUGUAUACAUUCCAAAUUUAAAGCAUUAUACAAAUUAAUUGCAAACAUAAAAAAAGAGAUUGGUCCUAUGGAUUAAUGAGGCAAGAGACUACUGCUUGUGGCAGAGAGCUGAACUCAUAAAUGCCUGCAGAAGACUAUUCUGUUCCACCUGGGCUAUGCAGAACAUUAAGAAUAGAUCUUUCCACACUGGUUAAUUGAUAUCUAUUGAUUUACUUUUAAUGUGGUUUUUCUUGUAUCUUUUACCAUAUUUUUCGCUCUAUAGGACGCACUUUUCCCCCUCCAAAAAUGAAGGGGAAAUGUGUGUGCGUCCUAUGGAGCGAACGUUGGCUUUCGAUGAAGCCUGGAGAGCGAGAGGGGUGGGUGCGCAUCGACCCCUCUCGCUCUCCAGUCUUCAGGAAGCUAUCCGCAAUCCUUCAGAGCACGGUGGGAGCUCCCGCCGGGCUCCAAAGGCUUGCGGACAGCAGCCUGCAGCCCGAAGCCUGGUGAGCAGGCUUUGGGCAGCUGCGCAACUUUGUCUCCGCUCCAGGACCUGUUCUGGGGGCUGGGGUUGGGGGAAGCUCGGGCUUUCCCCGCCCCAGCCCCGCGGCUAAAAUCGAAGCCCCACGCAGCCUCUCCCGGCUGGAGAGGUUGUGCAUGGCUAAAGAGGAAUCCAAGACAGCCAGUGGGAUGGAUCCCACUGGCUGUCUUCGUUUCUUUGCUCUUUGGGGCUGGGGGGAGCGGAAUAAAACUAGGUGCGCCCUGUGGAGUGAAAAAUACGGUAUGUAUGAAAUGUAUGAAAAACAUUUUGAUAUUUUUUCCUCUUAUGUUAUAGCAGUGCACACGCAUUUAAACAAACAAACAAACAAACAAACAAACAAACAGCACCUUACUUUUGAUUGCCAAAUUUAAUAAUACUUUCCAUAUUGUUAGUUUGAAAAGGUCCUGAUUCAGGUAUCAAAGAAAAUUGGAACCAUUACAAUGAAUGUGCCUUAGGAGCAAUGGUCCUGAAUAUUUUCCCCAGAUCUAGAUAUUUCUUUCAAUUUCUUUUUCAUAGUAGAACUUCAAGCGCAACUUUUGAGUAAAUGCACGUCAUCCGACAAUUGUUUCUCAGGCAAUUACAGCUUCACUGCAGGGGAUGGUAAAUUCUUUGAGAUGAAGAAGCACUGCUGCAACACUGAACUGUGUAACAAUGCAACUCUCAGCCGUAAGUUUCUGUAUAAUUUUAAAAUCCACAACAUGUUAGGGCUUUGCAUUGGAUUUGGCCAAAGGCUGGAUAGGUAGUCAAUCAGCAGUACUCAGAGGACCUGGGCCUCAUUCAAAUGGGGUGAGACAGCCCCAGAUGGCUAUAUGGGUUGAGCAGGUCAGCACUAUUAGGGCCUCUCAAGGGGUGGAGAGGCAGGGAGGGCGAAGAAGCAGGCAUGAGGAGAAACUGUGAAGAAGAGGGACCUACUGGGCAGCUACAUCUCUGCCUGAGAAGGGAUGCGUAACCUUUCCAACCAGGCCUUACCUGAAUCUGUCCCAUUGUCAAUCCUAAACCCAGACUGGGUCUAGAUAAUCUUUUCAUCCAAUAAUACUUGCAGGUGCCCCACCAAAACUGUAAAGCCCUUGGGUGAAUUACAAUAAUAUAACAUACAGGUACAAAAACAGAUACAGUGGUACCUCGGGUUAAGUACUUAAUUCAUUCCGGAGUUCUGUUCUUAACCUGAAACUGUUCUUAACCUGAAGCACUACUUUAGCUAAUGGGGCCUCCAGCUGCCGCCGUGCUGCCGGAGCACGAUUUCUGUUCUCACCCUGAAGCAAAGUUCUUAACCCGAGGUAAUAUUUCUGGGUUAGCGGAGUCUGUAACCUGAAGCGUAUGUAACCCGAGGUACCACUGUAAAACCAUUAACAUGCUCACUAUACUUUUGAUUUUGGCAGUUUCUGAUCGCAACGUGCUGGCUGAAAAUGGCCUGAAGUGCCCAGCCUGCUUCUCCAAAGGAACCACACAGUGUAAAAGUGAGAAGACCAUCAACUGCCUUGAGAAUGAGACCCAGUGUGUUGUUUUUAAAGGAUCUCUUUUAGAGGUAACAUUGCUACUUAGACAGGGGAAAGGGCCUAGUCAUCGGAUGGGUCACACAGACUCACCCCUGUUCUCCUAUGCUCCCCCUCCCUUCCCUUUCCCUUGCAUAUUACUAGAAAUGUGAGAGGGUCCACAUCUCUAACUGGCCCCAUUCUGCACCCUUCCUUAGUGUUUUGCCUGCCUGGACUGUGUCCUUUAACUCUCAUAAUGCCACUUGCUUGUCCAGAAGGAAUAUUCCCCUUGGCUGGGGAGGGCGGGGUAUAAAUAAAUAAAAAUUAUUAUUAUUAUUAUUAUUAUUAUUAUUAUUAUUAUUAUUAUUGUUAAAAACACCCUUCUGAACAAAAGUAAAAAGUGCAUUCAUUGCUUCACCCCAGUUGCAUCUGGAUCUGUCCACCAUUGGGUUGCAGUCGAGGACAAAAUGUGUCCCCCUUGCUCAAAAAGCACAUUUAUUAUGUAAAAGGCAUGUAACAAGUUUUCUUAAAUUCUGUGACAAUGAGCAGUAUCUGGCUAACUAAUUCUGUGCACCAGAAUUUCUGCUCUUGGAAACUUGUAAAAUAAAAGGAGGAUUCUAUGGAUGCUUAGAUCACAGUGGGGCAAUGAGGAAGCCUCAGUGGGCAUCCAACCAUCCUGAGAGACAAUGAAGUGCAUCUCCAGCUUUUUGUUUGUGUGUCGCUGCAUCACACUGUUGUCUCAUGCCAGGUUAAAACACUCAAGGUUCCCACACCAGGGAGGGAGUGUUGUUUUCAAAUCUUGCUGUGUGGCCACAGCAUGUGAUUUUAACUUGCCCAGGAGAUAGCAGGGAUAGAGUUCCUCCCAUUUUAUUGCAACUCAGCUGCACACAAGAAUUUGAUCUGCUUAAUCUAGUUAAUUAGGCCUGUUUUCAGAUUCUCUACUUUCAUUAUAUUUUAUAAAUAUAAUGUCAGAGGCUGGACUGAGGAGGAAUGGUGGGAGCUGCCCCUUCUUUUCUGAUUUCCUGAGGCCUGACAGAUAAACUGUUUAUUAAUAAUCUUGAGACUCCUUUGGGUAUGAUGGCCAUUCUGAAUUACAUAUGAGUUUAUUUUUAUCCAAACUUCAUGUUGAAAAUUUUAUUUAUUCAUGUUCUAAUGAAAUUAUAUUUUUCAGAUUUCUUAAAUAUACACAUUUUAAAACUAACUAAAAUUGUCAUUUAGCCUCACAAGCACAAUCUCCUAGUACCUGGGUAAAGGACUAAUGUCAACAUUUCUUUCCUUUUCUUCUAGCCCCCAAACAUCUCCCCGAUUUCACGUUCCAAGGCUGUGGAACAACAGAUUUUUGUGCCAUCCACAGAAGAAGACUUGGAUCUGGCGGAUUAG